UAAACAGUAGUGCGCAUGCGUAGUACAGUGACGUGUCGAGAAAGUGUCAAAGCGAGGGAUGGAAAAAAAAUAUGGAAAAUAAGUUUGCAUAGUCUACUUAAUGGAGGAAUGUGUCCUUGUGUUUGGAUAUUCUAUGUUGGCUCCUCCUCAUCCGUAGAGCUAAAGACUUUGAUUUUAAAGUCACUUUGUAAGCCGUCGAGCUAACUGGCAAAGCAACCUAUAGGAGCUAACAGCUAUGUUAGCUUCUGUUACUGUUAGCUCCUGUUAGCUCCUGUUACUUUUACUGCCCAUAUUUCAUCCACUCAAUACCGGGGUUCGGGUGUCAGCAGCAGCCGGACCCACAGCUCCGUGAGAGGAAUAUGUCUCGGAGGCGGCUGGACAGUCGCAGCGGGCUCUCGGCUGGGCUACUCGCCGAAAUCCAGACUCCGAUCAGCACAGAACCGCUGGACAGUGUGUUCGAAGUCACUGCAGAGUUGGGAAGGGGCAAGUUUGCAGUGGUCAAACGCUGCUUGGAGAGAACCACAGGAAAGCUGUUUGCUGCCAAGUUUCUACGAAAAAGGAGGCGGGGUCGUGACUGCAGGGCAGAAAUCAUCCAUGAGAUGGCGGUUCUGGAGAUGGCCCGAAACAACCCCAGAGUGGUCAACCUGCAUGCCGCUUAUGAGACAGAUCAUGACAUCGUCUUGGUGCUGGAAUUUGCGGCAGGCGGAGAGAUAUUUGACCACUGUGUGUCUGACGAUUUGCUGCCGGAGGCUCAGAUCACCCGUCUGCUCAGACAAACACUGGAAGGAGUUCAUCACCUCCACCAGAGCAACCUUGUGCACUUAGACCUUAAGCCCCAGAAUAUUCUCCUGACCAGCGUGUGUCCUCCAGGGGACAUCAAGAUUGUGGACUUUGGUCUGGCACGCAGAUUGGGUGCGGUUGGGGAGCUUAGAGAGAUUCUUGGCACACCUGAAUAUGUUGCUCCAGAAAUUCUCAAUUAUGAGCCAAUCACAACAGCAACAGACCUUUGGAGUGUGGGCGUCAUAGCUUACCUGCUGGUCACAGGUGAGUCUCCAUUUGCUGGCGACGACAAGCAGGAGACUUAUCUGAACGUGUCCCAGAUCAAUGUGGACUACAGCAGGGAGGCCUUUUCCAGGGUUUCUGAGCUAGCUGUUGACUUCAUCCGCAAACUCCUUGUCAAGGCGCCCGAAGAUCGACCAAGUGCUUCAGAGUGUAUCAGUCAUCCUUGGCUUUGGCAGCAGCAGCCUUGCACAAGUCCUGAACCCACCGGCACCCGCGGCGUGCGUGAGAGGAGUCUUGGCACUAAGUGGGCGGCCCCUGAGGACCCCGAGGAUAAGGAGAACUUCCUGGAGUCGCCGCGUGCUAAAAGGUUCCGCGUGGACGAGGAGGGGCUUCUUGGAGAUGCUGACUUAUGAGAAAGUUUUUAAUGUAUUUUAAGUGUAUUUAUACCAUAUGACAAAAUUACCAGCAGCAAAGAUAAUCACAUUAUUGAUCAGCCAACCUGACAAUUGAUUAAUAUUGAUGCUAGUCAGUAAAGAUGACUAUUGAUUAGUUUUUGUAUCUGCUUCUUUAUAUUUGAUGUGCAAUGAGGGAAACGCUGCUUAGCUUGAAUCUUUUCUAUUUGUACUUCUUACUCUUAUUAUAUCUAAACUUCAACCGUGCCACAUGAAAAACACAACGUACACAGUGUAUGCAAGGUUUGGAGCAUUUAGCUCAGGGUUUUAAGAAAAUAAUUUUAAGGUUUCCGCUUUAAGAUGGUUCCGUAUAUAAAAGCCUUUAUUUUCUCAGGUGAUAAAUUACUAUCAAUAUGUUAAUUGUGUAUUAUUAAUGCACCUGCAGAAAUGAAACCGGAUUUAGCACUUCUGACUCUAGGAAUAUUGCAAUGAUGACGUUUGUACUUUGAUGAACAGCUUUUCAUUUCUAUACUGUAGUUAAGUAUUUAUAUUUAUGUGCUGGACUCUGACUUGAUAUGAUUUGUUGUCAUCCAUGCAUGGAUUGUUGGAAGCGAAUAUACUUUUCUGGUGGUGCUGGGAAGUCAAAGUGUGCGACCCCGAAAGGGACAAGCGGUAGAAAAUGGAUGGAUGGAUGGAAAAUACGAACAAAUUAGCAUUAAGUGUAAAUAAAUUGCUUUGGUCAGAUCAAAUUAUGUAAUGACGGUUCAAAUACUUGUACUUUAUGCAGUACUAUACAUACUUAUAUAUAGACAGAAUCAGAAUCUGAUCUGAUUCUGAUGUUUGGAAGGUUCUAGAAGGAAGCAGAUGCUACUGAUGUUAGGGUGUGUUGGUGAGCACGUAGAAAGGGGAGCAGGUAAACAGAUGCCUGGCGUUGCUAUGGUGAGACAUUCAAGACACCAAAAUGAGUUCCAUUGUUGUUUCAAUUUGAUUUAUUGUUCCAAAGUCUGUGUUGUACUGUAUUGUCAUAUUUUACUUGGAAUAUUGCGGACAAUGUGUGAAAAAAGGUGCUUGUGUCUUUUAAACCUCAUGGUCACAUUUGACCAGCGACACAGGAAGUUGUUCCAACAAGAAGUUGUUCCUGUAGACAGCGACAUAAAGAAGAUGGAUUUGUUCCACAGCAGUUUGAAUUGUUAAAUUUUUGUUUGCUACUUUGUUGUAACUUAUUCCCUCUUCAGCUUUUAUGAUUGACAGAUGUUUGACACCAUGCGACCAUAAGCACAAGCCAAUGUUCCAGAAAUACUUUGUAUGAGCAAUCGAACUGUAAGAAAACAACUUCAUCAUGACCAAGCACAUGCUAUUUACACAAGUGCAACAAGCUCAUUAAAGAUUUGUAAGUAAUAAACGUCCUUUGUUGUUUGAUUCCA